AUGAGCACACAACCACAUUUUUGUGAUCGUUGCGCCUCGUGUGGUAAAAGUUUUACACGUACCGAACAACGUACCAUUUUUAAUAAUAAAACAUAUCAUCAAACUUGUUUGUUAUGUUCGAAAUGUAAAACGCCAUUGAGUGGUUCAUUUUAUCCAACAUUAGAAGGAUUUACGUGUGAAAAUUGUCAUAAACGGGUCUCUACAAGAUGUAAACGGUGCGGCAAUACGAUUGAUGCAGGUAUUCGUUACAAAUCAUAUAAAGGUCAAGAAUAUCAUCCAGAAUGUUUUCUUUGCUGGUCGUGCAAUACACAGAUAAACGAAGGUGAGAAAUUUUUUGAAUUAAAAGGCUAUCCACAAUGCAUCAAAUGUCAUAAUGAAGGAAAACAAGAAUUUGUUGACUAUGUUCCAAUAAAAUUAGCUCAGUGUUAUAAAUGUCAAAAACCAAUCGUAAAACCUCAAACGUUUUCGUAUUAUGAAGAUGCCACAUAUCAUAAUGAAUGUUUUACGUGCAAUCGUUGUGGACUUAAUUUAAUUAAUAAACCAUGCCAUCGUCUGGGAUCAGCUAUUGUUUGUCCCACAUGUAAUUAA